UCUCUCUCUCUCUCUCUGUGCACUGCCUGUGCUAUCUGUGUGUGAGUGUGUGUGUGUGUCUUUCUGAGCCGAGCCUGAGCCUGUCUGUAUGGUCCAUGCUCCUCGCUCAGCCUAAAUGGUCGAUUUCUGAAGUGUGUGGACACGGAUAACGGGCACAUCACUUGACUCUCUCCUUGAUCUCUUUAUCAACGUUUUUGGCAGCUUUUAUCGUCUCCUGUGAGGGCUCUCAGUGAUGUCCUGCUGGCACUUUCUCUCUGAUGGCAUCUCUCCCUGUCUUAUCACUGCGUGCUGGAUUUAAUAACUAGCCCUUCUGGAUACACCGCCACAUUAAUGCAGACAACUCUGCAUUAUACUUACUGAUCCGUCUAAUCCUUGCUUGGGUCUUAACAGAAUUGGGGGCUCAUCCGUGAUAUAAACCCUGGACCUCUCACACCACAAGUGCAAUUGUUGGACUGCAGUAGCUGCUGGUGGUAUUGAGGACGUGGGAAGGAGAGGGCAUGUGGACUCGGGAGCUAAAGAUCCUCUCUCACCUGGCCUGCACUGAGUAAACCUCACUCUAACCUCUACUGCAGACCAGCACACCCUGUCUGUAACCGGUAGAAUGGUGGCUGGGGAAGCGAGCGGGCACAGCUACCUGGUGGCGUGCUGGCAGCCCAUCCUAAUUUUGAUGCUGGGCACUGUGCUGUCCGGCUCUACCACUGGCUGCCCGUCCCGCUGCGAGUGCAAUGCCCAGGAGCGCUCUGUCGUGUGCCACCGCAAAAAGCUGCUGUCAGUUCCUGAGGGUAUCCCGUCUGAGACACGAAUGCUGGACCUCGGCAAGAACCGCAUCAAAACCAUCAACCCCGAGGAGUUCUCCGGCUUUCCCAACCUGGAAGAGCUGGAGCUGAAUGAGAACACCAUCUCCACCAUUGAGCCUGGAGCAUUUAACAACCUGUACGGCCUGCGGACUCUUGGGCUGCGCAGCAACAAGCUGAAGCUCAUCCAGCUGGGUGUAUUCACAGGCCUUAGUAACCUCACCCGGCUGGACAUCAGCGAGAAUAAGAUAGUCAUCCUGCUGGACUACAUGUUUCAGGAUCUGUACAACCUGCGCUCUUUAGAAGUGGGCGAUAACGACCUGGUGUUUAUAUCGCACCGGGCGUUCCACGGCCUCAGCAGCCUGGAACACCUGACGCUGGAAAAGUGCAACCUGACCUCUGUACCCACGGAGGCCUUUACUCACCUGCACAGCCUCAACACUCUGCGUCUGCGUAACCUGAACAUCAACAGCAUCAGAGACUACUCCUUCAAACGUCUCAACCGACUCAAAGUCCUGGAGAUCGCCAACUGGCCCUACCUGGAUACUAUGACCACCAACUGCCUGCACGGGUUGAAUCUUACAUCCCUAACGAUCACCAGCGCCAAUCUGACUUCGAUUCCUUAUGUGGCCCUUCGACAUCUGGUUUACCUGCGCUUUCUGAACAUGUCCUACAACCCCAUUAUGAUCAUUGAGGGGAACAAGCUGCACGACUUGCUCAGACUGCAGGAGUUCCACCUGGUGGGAGGCAGGCUGGCGAUGAUUGAGCCGUACUCUUUCAGAGGACUCAAUUACCUAAAGAUUCUGAACGUGUCUGGGAAUUCUCUAACCACUCUGGAGGAAUCAGUCUUCCACUCGGUGGGGAACCUGGAGACACUGGUGCUGUACGAUAACCCUCUGGCGUGCGACUGUAGGCUUCUGUGGAUCUUCCGCCGCCGCUGGAGGCUCAACUUUAACCGGCAGCAGCCCACGUGCUCCUCCCCCGAGUUCGUCCAGGGCAAAGAGUUCAAAGAUUUCCCGGACAUCUUACAGCCAAACUAUUUCACGUGUCGCAAGUCCAGGAUCCGGGAUCGCAAGCCGCAGCAGAAGUUUGUGGACGAGGGAACUACGGUGCACUUUGCGUGCCAGGCAGAUGGAGAUCCGGCACCGGUCAUCAUGUGGCUCUCUCCACAGAAGCAGUACAUCACUACGAAAACGAUAGGAAGGCUUACGGUCUUUCCCGACGGCACCCUAGAGGUGCGCUACGCUCAGAUCCAGGACAAUGGAACUUACAUGUGUAUUGCAAGUAACGCCGGUGGAAAUGAUACAGCUCUUGCUCAUCUCCACGUCCACAGCUACUCCCCUGACUGGCCCAACCAGCCCAACAAAACCUUCGCCGAUAUGUUAAACCAGCCCAGCGACAACGGAGGUGCCAAUGGGACGAAAGCAACAGUCCCGUUCCCCUUUGACAUCAAAACCCUCAUCAUCGCCACCACCAUGGGCUUCAUUUCCUUCCUUGGUGUGGUAUUAUUCUGCCUGGUGCUGCUGUUCCUGUGGAGCAGGGGUAAAGGGAACACCAAACACAACAUCGAGAUAGAGUACGUACCACGUAAGUCAGACGCAGGGAUAAGCAGCAGUACUGCUGACGCUCCUCGCAAGUUUAACAUGAAAAUGAUUUAAUCCGACCAGGGAGUUGGGAGAAAAAAGACAACUAUAAAAGAGAACAAUAGUCAAAAGAGAUCCCCUUCCUAAACUAGCCUCUGGAUAUUGGGACUUUCUCGCAGAGGAAGUGUGUGUGUUUCAUUCCUCUCUGUUCUAAAGAUGGAUAUGUGGCACCUGAGUUCUUUGUUUUUUCGUUUUAAUGUUGAAAAUGAGAGGGGAGAAGAGAUCCUGCGCUCUUCUGCGAUGAUGGCGUUUUGCGCUUGGCCUUCAGGGACCAUUUCUUUGAAAGAGAAUUUUCUUGUAAGACCUUCGAGUUCCAGUGAAUUUUUAUGGACACAAGGAUAUAUACGAAACGACUAAAACCGAACCCUUCUCAAUGUUUGUGUCAAACCUUCGAAAUACAAAAGACAUACGGACCAUCAUCCCUCCCCUUUGCUGUCCUUUUGCCUGCAUUAUCUGUUUUUGUAUGAUUUCUUUUUAAUAUCCAAACUGAAAUAGUUUUAUUAAACAGCAAAAUAAUAACAAAAAAAAUAAAACAUUUCUGGGUUGAUAAGCACAUUAACCGAUUGCAGUGCUGUAUGAAAAAUACCAUGUGUUGCAGACCAUUACUGCCAUGUCGUUGACCUGUUUGUGGCCACACAGUCUUUUUGAAUAUUGUUGCUAACUUGGUGAAACACUGGAUUAACAAACUGGAUACUAUGAGAAUGGAAUACAGUAAAUGGUGUAUUCAGCAUUUGUCACAACUGGAACUCUUCUUCUUGUAUCAUUCUCUAUUUUAUAUAUAUAUAUAUAUAUAUAUAUAUAUAUAUAUAUAUAUAUAUAUAUAUAAUAUUUUAGCCUCUGACUAAACAACAUUUUACGGCAAUUAUAUCUUAAUCCCUGUUGAUAUUAAUAGCCUUCAACACUAGGAGGGUAAAGACUAGCCUGUGCCACCUUGUCUUCAUGGUCAGAGGAAAGUGCAGCGCCCCAGCUCCGAUACAUCAGUGUAGAAUAGUAGAAGCCUGUUCUUACCAAAGUCACACUAGGAAUGAUGUGGGGAGAGAUUGUCAUCUAUUCAUUUACUCACCUCAGAGACAGCAAGGCCAGUUGUGUUCUUGUGUCUGUAGCUCUCUCUCUCUCAGACUCCGGCUGCUGAUGACCUUUUUUUUGUUUGUUUGUUUUUUUUGUUAUUUAAUUUACAUUCUAGCUGAAUUGGGAAAUAUAAUAACAGCCGACACAAAACAAAACUUUUUAACCUUAGUCUUAAAUCCUUAUUUUUGUUGCCAAAUAAUUUCCAGAAUUCCAGAAAAAUCACCCCUACUGUCUGACUGUCUGACAAACAUUUGGCUGUGCAAUACUCAUUCACUCACUCAUUCAUGUGGUUUUAUAUUGGUGUCAAGAAAUUCAGCAUUUUAAAAACGUACAGAUCCUGUUAGAAGUUGCUACACAUUAAGAUCUACUGAAGAGCGAUUCCACAGAGAGCCUCGUUGUUGUUAUUGACUUUCAAUAACUAUUCUUGCUGUUGUUUCAUUUCCUUCCUGCGCUUUAGGCUUUUGGCACAUUAGCCAGAGAGAUGUAGAUUAUGAGAAUUCCUUCAUAAGGGCAAAGAGUGUGUCCGUGCUAUGUUAUCCCGGUGUGAUGAGAAUAGCAUUAAGGAAUGUGGUUGUCGCAGCUGUAUCGUAGGGUUUGCUAAUUUGCUAAUUGCUAAUGCUAUUCCAUGCUAUGUUUAUGUAACACAUCAACCCCAUGUUUGGUAUCUAUGGAUUAAAAAGCUAAUAGUUUUAUAUUAAUAUUCCAUUGUACAUCACUGACUUGUCCAUGUCGUUGCAGAUGUGUAAGUAUGUAUGAGUGUGUGUGUGUGUGUGACUGAUUAAAAAAGAAAAAGAAGGAAUAUGUUAAUGUGCUUGACAACCCUGACAUGUUUCAAUGCUGCCUCUCUACCAGUUUAUUGGUCCAAAAAAAAAAAGUUUUUUUUUUUUUUUUAUUAUUUGAAUUAUUUGAAACAUCUCCUUCUAGUACUCUCCAAAUAAACAUUCCUAAACCAGUCUCUCUCAAACAAUGUCAUUCAGUCUGACUCACAGCGUAAUAAUACUAAAAAAAUAUUAAAAAGCCUAACCCUAACCCUAUUAACAUUCGUAGCAUCCCUGAUUAAAGAUAAUGCUUCGUUGCUGGUUUUCCAGGAAGGUAUACUGCACGUGUGCGGUACGCCCUUAUUACCUUAGUGCAGGCCGCUGUGUGUGUGUGUGUGUGUAGGUCUAGGAGCUGUGUGGAUGUGAGGGGGAUAAAGGCAGGCUCUUUAUAAAGAUUGACUGCGAGCUGGGUGUUGGUUUAUGGGCUAAGUGGGUUAUGCUGGAGUAAUUGUUUUGUAGUGCUGAUGGGUUCUACAGAUGGUGGAGGAGGACAGAUGGUUUCAGCCAUAGUGAUCUGCUUUAGAGUAAAUCCCCCUCACGCACAGGAACGAGACGCUCACGCUCUCCUCCCAGCGCUCAUUGCCGAUGUUCUUUCUGUUCUAAACCCACAAACCUGCUACCACGCUCGUCCAGAUCCGAGAAGAUCGAGGAAAACAACAACAAAAAAAAUAAAUAAAGCAUCUUCUCCUUCUCUCACUUCUCAUUCCCGAGACUAUGUCAAAUAAUGUGGUCCAUGACAUUCUAUUUUAUUGGGGGAAAAAAAAAAGAUCUAAAAUAAUGGAAAAAAAAAUGUUCAAAUUGUUCUGUGCAAUAAAGGUAUUAUGCAGAUUUUCUUUUUUUUUCUUUUUUUUUAUUAACAAUUUUAUUGAUGUUGAAUUGUUGAAAAUAUGGUAUGUUGUAUUAAACGAUCUAUGGAGUUUUUGAUAAAAAUAUCAAAACGUGUAUCUUGAUUUAACAUUGCAGCAAAAGGCUUUUGGGUGACAGCGGCAAUAAAUACAGAAGCUUGCAAACGUAUUUAAACCCCUUAAACUGUUUGACCUUUUAACAUUUUAAAACCAAAAACU